AUGGGCAUUAAGGAUCUACUGAGGUUCAUGAAACCUUACAUUGAACCUGUCCACAUCAAGAAGUACGCUGGAAAGCGCGUGGGCAUUGAUGCGUAUUCGUGGCUUCACAAAGGGGCUUAUUCGUGCAGUAUGGAGCUUUGUCUUGAUUCUGAUAGUGAAAGGAAGUGGCGAUACAUUGAAUACUUUAUGCAUAGAGUGAACUUGCUUCGCUUCUAUAAAAUAACUCCGGUAGUUGUUUUUGAUGGCAACAAUGUUCCUUGCAAGGCAGCAACUGAGGAAGAGAGAAAUAGAAAAAGGAGGACUAAUCGAGAAUUAGCAUUAGCGAAGCUCAAAGAAGGGAAUGUUGGUGCAGCUUCAGAGCUCUUCCAGAGAGCAGUGAAUAUUACUCCUGUUAUGGCACAUAAGCUAAUUCAGACCCUCAAAUCAGAGAAAAUUGAGUUCGUUGUUGCUCCAUAUGAAGCAGAUGCCCAGUUAGCGUACUUGUCUCACCUUGGAGUAGAAAAUGGUGGAGUUGCAGCAGUGAUCACAGAAGAUAGUGAUCUAAUAGCAUAUGGCUGUCCAGAUAUUAUUUUUAAGAUGGACCGUCAUGGGAAUGGUGAAAGAAUUGAGUUAGAGAAGAUUUUUUCUGCUGAGUCUGUCAGACCUUCAUUUCGGAGUUUCAAUAUGAAACUCUUUACAGGUAUGUGUGUCUUAGCUGGCUGUGAUUUUCUUCCAUCUGUACCAGGAAUUGGCAUUGCUCGAGCUCAUGCUUUGGUUUCCAAGUAUCGGAACCUAGAUCGAAUAUUGUCUGUUCUUAAGCUCGAGAAAGGUGACCAAAUGCCUGAAGAUUAUGCCAAAAACUUUCAAGAGGCUGUAGCAGUUUUUCAGCAUGCUCGCAUAUAUGAUACCAAUGCUAGAGAGCUUAAGCACUUGAAGCCUCUUCCACAAAAUUUUCUUCAGUCACUUGAUGGGAAACUCGAUUUCUUGGGCCCAGAAAUUCCCCCAUCUAUAGUCAAAGCAGUAGCUGAAGGAAAUUUGAAUCCAUCAACUAAGAAAGCUUUUGAUAAGUCUGAAUGUUCUAGAUUUCCUCUACAUUCAACUGAUCUCCAAAGCAUUGAUAAAGUCCAGAAACCUGAACUUCCUGCUCCAUCUAGACUGAAGAAUAGUUUUUCAAUCAUUGCCUCCCAAUACACCAGAGAAAAUAGUAUAGGCAAGUUAUUUAAAUUGGAGAUGCUCACAACAUCUACCAAUACAUUGCUAAUGACAAGGGUCUCAGAUGAAGACAAGUAUUCGAAUGAAGCAUUGCCACUUGAGAAACUAAUCAUGCCAUUGGGAACAAUUGGAACGGAAGAAAAGAUCAUUAUACCUCUUAACACUCCUUUGAAGGUUCCUGACAACAAUCCAUUCAGGAUUAGAAAAAAUGAGGAAACAUGUCAAAGAAAGGAGAUUUUUGUUGCAAGCAGCAUGGAAUGUACUGACUUGUGCAUGUCUCCGGAUAACUUCCAAGAAGAGGGGUCUGAUGAGAAUCUCUCAAGGAAAAGGAAAUUUCAGAACAUUUUCUCAGAUAAAGUUGAAGCCACUGAUGAACUGGUUUCAGGAGUAACUGAAGCAGAAAAAUCUGAUGUUGUAUGCAUGACAAUGGAUUCGCCAGAAAGUGUAAGUUCUGAGACCAAGAGAAUUGCUGAUUUGAAAGGAAGAAGUCAAAUUUAUCAGCUGAACACUGUCAAGAAUAGAGUUGCCAAAAAGUAA